AUGGAGGCGUGGGUGCGCGACAAGGUGUCGCGUCUGAACUUGGACGCCUCGGUUUACGUCGAGUACGCGCUCGGACUACUUCAAGAUGAGGACAUGGAUGUGUCUGAACGUGUGGCCAGCGUGAUCGCCGUUUUCUCAGGAGCAGCGGACGGUCUCGUGGCUCAAGACGUGAUGGACCAGACACUUGACGAGCUUAAGAUGACGCAGGACGUCGAGAAGCUGCGCCAGGCCGAGCAGCUACAGUCCCAGCAGGAAGCGGAACUCAAGCUAGCGGAAAAGAAGAUGAAAGACCUGCAGAUCCGCGAGAAACAGCGUCAGGAGGCCGAGGAUGCGGCCGAGCGCGAGAAGAAGAAAGCUGCGGAUCGCCUCAAGAACAUGACACGCGAGGAGAUCGCAGCGCGGGAGCAACUUAUCAGCGAAUAUGGUUUCACAGUCAUGUCUGAGUUUGACGAGGAUGGCAACGUGGGCCCACUAACUCGAACAGACAAAGAGUGCAACAGGCACAGAAACGCCAUGCGCGAGAAAAUGAAAAAGGAACACGAGAAAAAAGUGAAAUACGAGAAGGACCUGCUGGCUAAGGAUAAGGCACGCAAAGACAAGGCCAAAAAGAGAACGAUGAAGAAGGAGAAGCAACGUGGCUGUGGUUAA